CUGGCUGUAACUGACUGGAAGCUGACGUGGCCUCGGUGACUAGGCAGGAGAGUGAUAGGAUACGGCAGCCAAUAGGCGAGAUAGUGGGCGGGGCAGUGUAAUUCUGUGACGAACGAUGCGUCCUAUGGGCAGAGAGAAAUGAGGAGGUAAAUGAGUGACGGAGCAUUGUAGCCUAUGAGAGCGAGAGAGGGCGGGGCUGGCUGUAACUGACUGGAAGCUGCGACCUAUGGGCAGGAGAGUGUUAGGAUACGACGGCCAAUGGGCAGGAUAGUGGGAGGUAGAUGCUAGAUCCAAGGGGCGUAACGGACCUUUUACGACUCAAGGGGGAGGAGCCAGGCCAGCGGGAUAGUUCCUCUACUAUCCACGCCACCAACUAUUACCUUUAGUAAUUAGGUGGCGAGCGUACUUUUCGGGCACCCUGUUCGGCCGUAACUCCUCCCCCUGAUCCACUUGAAACGUCAGAAGGUCCCUUCUCCCACUCCGAUAUAGAACCAACCGCAAUGGUUCCCUGGCCGUGUAGUGACGUCAGGAGCGGCGGCCAUUUUCCCCUGGUCUGAGCUCCGCCUUCCUUCUAUCAUUCCCACAAGGCAGCAGGAGCAGAGAGCAGCCAUUGCUGUGUCUGGCAGCAGGUUGCCGCGGCAACGUGACCGGGACCCGUGACGUCACUUCCGGCGGAAGUGCUCUGCUCGGGCGGACGGACGCCGGGCCUGGGACACGGCGGCGGCGGCAGCCAGUGGGGGACAGCAUGGAGGGCAGGAUUACACCAUAGUAAAGAAGACAUCCGGUGAGCGUGAGACCCCCAGCAGCCAUCCUCGUGUUGCAGGUGGACUAAGCAGGACCUAGAGCCCCAUCACAGUGCCUCCACCUCACUCACUGACUCACUGAUACAUAAGAGACACAAUGACCAGAAGAUCCUGGAACUCACCAACAAAGUCAUUCAGCUGCUGACUGGAGAGGAGGGGUAGUAUAUAGAGGAACACAGGGGUCUGUACAAGGACGUGAUGAUGGAGAAUCACCGGCCCCUCACAUCACUGGAUGGACCCAGUAACAGAGAUACCCCAGAGAGAUGUCCCCGUCCUCUGUAUUCCCAGGAUUGUACAGAGGAGAAUCACAGGAUCCCACAGGAGGAUCAGGAAGAACGUCUCUCUGAUAUAAAGGCAGAAGAUACAGAGGGAGAAAAAGAGACGUAUGUGACUGAUAUAAAGGCAAAAGAUACAGAGGGAGAAAAAGAGACGUAUGUGACUGAUAUAAAGGCAGAAGAUAUAGAGGGAGAAGAAGAGACGUAUGUGACUGAUAUAAAGGCAGAAGAUACAGAAGUAGAAGAAGAGACCUAUGUGACUGAUAAAAAGGCAGAAGAUAUAGAGGGAAAAGAAAAGACGUAUGUGACUGAUAUAAAGGCAGAAGAUACAGAGGGAGAAGAAGAGACGUAUGUGACUGAUAUAAAAGCAGAAGAUAUAGAGGGAGAAGAAGAGACGUAUGUGACUGAUAUGAAGGCAGAAGAUAUAGAGGGAGAAGAAGAGACGUAUGUGACUGAUAUAAAGGCAGAAGAUAUAGAGGGAGAAGAAGAGACGUAUGUGACUGAUAUAAAGGCAGAAGAUACAGAAGUAGAAGAAGAGACGUAUGUGACUGAUAGAAAGGCAGAAGAUAUAGAGGGAGAAGAAGAGACGUAUGUGACUGAUAUGAAAGGAGAAGAGACGAAUAUGACUGAUAUAAAGGCAGAAGAUACAGAAGUAGAAGAAGAGACGUAUGUGACUGAUAGAAAGGCAGAAGAUAUAGAGGGAGAAGAAGAGACGUAUGUGACUGAUAUGAAAGGAGAAGAGACGAAUGUGACUGAUAUAAGGGCAGAAGAUACAGAAGUAGAAGAAGAGACGUAUGUGACUGAUAUGAAAGGAGAAGAGACGUAUGUGAGUGAUAUGAAGGCAGAAGAUAUAGAGGGAGAAGAAGAGACGUAUGUGAGAGGUGAUCAGCAGUGUAAGGAGGAGGAGAUCCCUACAGAUAUCAGCACAGCAGAUGGACACACAAGCAGGAAUAUCUCAGAAGGACAUCUAAUGUUAUCCCCGGAUUGUGAAAUAGGAGAUAAUGACAGUAGACAGGAUUCUCCAGGAGAUAAACCCAUUACCCCAAUUAUACAUCCAGCUCUAUCAGCUGAUCCGUCUGAUCCUGGGAAAUGUUCUCCUGAUCACUCUGAUAUUGGUGCAUCUGUUACAGCUCUGACAGUAGAUACAGUGUUUCAGUGUUCUGUAGAUGCCAAAUGUUUUACACAGAACACAAAGUGUAUUAACCCACACACAGCUAAGGCAGGUGAGCGGCCACAUAUAUGUUCUGAGUGUGGGAAAUGUUUUACAUACAAAUCAGAUCUUGUUAUACAUCACAGAAGUCACACAGGUGAGAAGCUGUUUUCUUGCUCUGAGUGUGGGAAAUGUUGUGUAAGUAAAGCACAUCUUGUUAGACAUCACAGAAGUCACACAGGUGAGAAGCCAUUUACAUGUUCUGAGUGCGGGAAAUGUUUUUCAGGGAAAUCACAACUUGUUAUACAUCAGAAAAGUCACACAGGUGAGAAGCCAUUUCCAUGUUCUGAGUGUGGGAAAUGUUUUGCACACAAAUCAAAUCUUGUUAUACAUCACAGAAGUCACACAGGUGAGAAGCUGUUUUCUUGCUCUGAGUGUGGGAAAUGUUGUGUAAGUAAAGCACAUCUUGUUAGACAUCACAGAAGUCACACAGGUGAGAAGCCAUUUACAUGUUCUGAGUGCGGGAAAUGUUUUUCAGGGAAAUCACAACUUGUUAGACAUCAGAAAAGUCACACAGGUGAGAAGCCAUUUCCAUGUUCUGAGUGCGGGAAAUGUUUUACACGGAAAUCACAUCUUGUUAGACAUCACAGAAGUCACACAGGUGAGAAGCCAUUUUCAUGUUCUGAGUGUGGGAAAUGUUUUCCAGACAAAUCAAAUCUUGUUAUACAUCAGAGAAGUCACACAGGUGAGAAGCCAUUUCCAUGUUCUGCGUGCGGGAAAUGUUUUGGACAAAAAUCACAACUUGUUAUACAUCAGCAAAGUCACACAGGUGAGAAACCAUUUCCAUGUUCUGAGUGUGGGAAAUGUUUUCCACACAAAUCAAAUCUUGUUAUACAUCACAGAAGUCACACAGGUGAGAAGCUGUUUUCUUGCUCUGAGUGUGGGAAAUGUUGUGUAAGUAAAUCGCUUCUUGUUAUACAUCACAGAAGUCACACAGGUGAGAAGCCAUUUUCUUGCUCUGAGUGUGGGAAAUGUUUUACACGGAAAUCACAUCUUUUUAGACAUCAGCAAACUCACACAGGUGAGAAGCCAUUUUCUUGCUCUGAGUGUGGCAAAUGUUUUACACAGAAAUCACAUCUUGUUAGACAUCAGCGAACUCACACAGGUGAGAGGCCAUUUCUAUACUCUGAGAAAUAAAUCAGCUCUUGUUGCACACAAUAGACAUCACUCAGGUGAGGAACCAUUUUAAUCUUCUGGAGUAUACUCAUCAUUGCCAUGCGUUCUUCAAGGUUCUUAUCCUAUGCUUUUUGCAAUAUACAUGUUACCACUGGGUGAAAUAAUCAGAUGUCAUGCCAUCAUCUACCACUGCUAUACAGAUGACCUGUCUUUUGCUCCAGGUACUGAGAACCCUAAAUGGUUUUCUAGCUGAGCUCCAAGUGUGGGUGAGGCCAGUUGGCUGUGACGCAGUCCUGGCGAAACAGGUCCUUAUGAUAGAAGCUCACCAACAAAGGGCAGGGCUACAUCUCAGCUUUGCAAACCAACCAGACUUGCGCUUGUGGGUUCAGAGUUACAAAAUGCUGAUCCUGCGCGGAAUCUUGGUGUCCUAGAUGGUGGAGUGACACUUAGACAUUGGAUUCUGCCACAAUCAGAUCUGCAUCUGAGGAACAUAGCCAGACUCCAGCACUUAUUUCCCUCAGAAGAUCUACCUACAGUCAUACAUGUAUUUGUAUCAUCACACAUAGACUACUGCAAUGUCCUCUACCUGGGUCUCCCAGCAAAAGAAUUGCACCGCUUGUAGCUUGUACAGAAUGCAGCAGCCAGGCUGUUACCUAACCAAAACAAUAUUGCAGCACACAGGAAUAGCAAAAAUUCUAUUCAAUUUAUAAGUAUUUUUAUUUAAAAUGAAUUCAAUACUUCAAACAAUAUGUGUAAACAACAAUAGAACACAUCACCGGCCGGUAAUAUCUCCGCACUGAACAAUUCAACAAAAUAUGAACUAUAUGUCUUGGACCAGAGGCGUAGCAAAAUGGAAAAGCUCUAUUUAUAUAUUUUUUUAUUACCUUAUAGCUUUUAUAAAUGUAUCAAUAUUAUUACACUUUAAUCUCUGCUAAUUAUAAUUGCCACACCUGCUGCUUUACAGGAAUCUAUAUGUUACAUUGAAAUAUCUCAUUAAAAAUAAAGACCAAUUGGUUACAAGUAUUUAGAAGAAUCCUUCCUUGUAAAGAUAAUAACAACCAAGGAUUUUAAGAUGUUGUAGAUAAUUGAAUUCUAUAUUAAAAUCCAAUGUCCACAAGUUCAAUCAAUAUUUAAACGUAAGUAUAUGGACUAAUCUGGCAAGAUAACUUGUAUGUCCCUAAUAGGGCUUGAGGCUAUGAAGCACAAGAACGUCCUCCCCGGCUGCUGGUGUCGUGCCUUUUAAUUGCAGUCUUUUCUGGGGGACUUGAAAAUACACACCCUCCACACAAAUGUCAGACACUCCUUCUCCCUGGCUACUUGGUGCUAUUAAACCUGCAGAAGAAUGAGACUACAUCUCCCGGCAUCCCGAGCGUCAGUCCGGGAUAGGUUAUCAUUGGAUAAGAUGGUCAAAUGUCCUCUGUACCCGCUCGUAUUGGCUAUUUGAGAUUUUAAAUCUCUACUGCUGAGAGCAAUCUGGUUCGCCCUGACGAAGCCUGUUUGUGAAACGUGCACGCCGGCAUUUCUUGGGCUCACUGUUGUUUUCUUUUUAAAAAUGUGACAAUAUGUAAUAGCACAAUUCACUAAUAUUGACUGAAAAUGGGGGGGCCAUAGCAAAUUAGUUGAAAAGGAAUGUUGGAUAUAUACCAUAUAGUCAGCAUAUAUUUAGGCUGCAUGCAUAAUAUUGUGAUAUUUUGCUAUCAGUUAAGAGGGAAUGUCAGCUGUAUAUCAUAUGGGCAACACAGAUUCAGAUUGCGAGCAUGAUACUAUGACAUACUGCUUAAUGAAACAUAAGGGAUAUAUUUCCCUCUAAUUGACCUGCAAGAGUUAUAAAACCUUUGUUACAUUGUAUUAAUAGAGGAUUAAAAUAAUAUUGAACUCA